AUGAGCUCACCAGACAACCGCCAGCGGGCGCCUUCCCUCGAUCCGUUUUCCCACCCCGAUGUCUACUAUGGCAACGAGGAUUCGCGGUCCAGGAUCAGAGAUCGGCGCCGUGCUUUCUCAGUGAGCGUCAAUAAGGACUACAACAGCCGUGAGGAUAUCAAUUUGCCGUCUAGACGUGGUAGCCACGAUGAGGCCUCCGGACAACCCCGCAAGUUCCUCAUCAAGGUGGACGAAACCCUCGAGUCCCUCCUGAAGCAAGAAGAUACGGAUCAGAACAUGCAAAUUACGAUCGAAGAUCUUGGACCGAAGACUCUCUCGAUCGGAACGGCCGCUUCCUCAGGCAUCCGGCGUGUGGAUGUCCGCGGUACCUACAUGCUCUCCAACCUCCUACAGGAGCUUACAAUCGCCAAAGACUACGGCCGCAAGGACAUCAUUCUCGAUGAAGCGAGGCUCAGCGAGAACCCAGUAGCGCGACUCUCUCGUUUGAUCAAAAAGUCGUUCUGGGUGGCCCUCACCAGGCGCAUUGAUGGUUCCAAUAUCGAGGUUGCGGGUAAAGAUCCGAAAGAUUGGACGGAUGACCCUCGUCCCCGUAUCUACAUCCCACCCGGCGCCCCGGAGCAGUUUGAAUACUACACCCAAAUUGCGAAGGAUCACCCCGAACUGCGUUUGGAGGUGCUCAUGCUUGAAGCCAACAUCACUCCCGAUUACGUUGUCACGACGCUCGGUGAGAAGCCAGGUUUACUGGCACUAGCAAUGGACAAGAUAAUUGAUGAAAAGACCGGGAAGGAAGAUUUGAGAGGUGUUCCGUUCGUGGUACCUGGAGGUCGAUUCAAUGAGUUGUAUGGAUGGGACAGCUACAUGGAGUCUCUCGGCCUUAUCGUCAGCGACCGCGUUGACCUUGCCAAGGGCAUGGUUGUGAACUUCUGCUUCAGUAUCAAGCACUAUGGAAAGAUCCUCAACGCUAACCGGACCUACUACCUCACACGCUCUCAGCCUCCGUUUUUGACCGACAUGGCUUUGCGGGUUUACGAGCGCAUUAAGAAUGAGCCCGAUUCCCAGGAGUUCCUCCGAAACUCCGUUCUCGCCGCCAUCAAGGAAUACUACAGUGUCUGGGCAUGUGAACCCCGCCUUGAUCCCAUCACUGGCCUUUCCAGAUAUCGCCCUGAGGGAUGGGGCGUGCCACCUGAGACUGAGCCAAGCCACUUCACUCACAUUCUUAUGCCGUAUGCCGAGAAGCACGGCAUGACUUUCGAGCAGUUUGUCAAAGCAUACAACUCUCGCGAAGUUGUCGAAGAAGAGCUUGACGAGUAUUUCCUACACGAUCGUGCCGUGCGUGAGUCUGGUCACGACACAAGCUACCGUCUCGAACGCGUGUGCGGCAACCUGGCGACAGUUGACCUCAACUCCUUGUUGUACAAGUACGAGGUGGACAUUGCCCGCAUCAUCCGCAUCCACUUCAAGGACAAGUUGUCUAUCCCUGUUGAGUUCCGCACGCCCAUGUCGAAGGAUAUCGAAUUUGAGUCAUCCGCUACCUGGGACCGCCGUGCCCGCAAGCGCAAGCAGGCCAUGGAUAAGCAUCUCUGGAACGAGGAGAAGGGCAUGUACUUCGACUACGACACUGUCAAGAAAGAACGCUCGGACUAUGAGUCUGCGACUACUUUCUGGUCAAUGUGGGCCGGUCUCGCUACCCCUGCCCAAGCUGCCGCACUGGUUUCCAAGGCCCUACCUCGGCUGGAAGCUUUCGGCGGUCUAGUCUCGGGUACAGAGGAGUCCCGCGGUCCAGUCGGCUUGGAACGCCCGAACCGCCAGUGGGAUUAUCCUUACGGAUGGGCGCCACAGCAGAUGCUCGCGUGGACUGGCUUGCUGCGGUACGGAUACCAGGAAGAAGCGGAGCGACUUGCGUACAAGUGGCUGUACAUGAUCACGAAGGCAUUUGUCGACUUCAACGGUGUGGUCGUGGAGAAGUAUGAUGUGACUCGGCCCAUUGAUCCUCACCGGGUCGAUGCCGAGUACGGCAACCAAGGCACUAAUUUCAAGGGCGCACCACGUGAAGGAUUCGGUUGGGUUAAUGCCAGCUAUGUCUACGGACUGGAGAUUCUCAACGCGCAUAUGAGACGCUCUUUGGGAGCUAUCACGCCUUAUGAGACGUACAGGAAGGCAGUUUUGGCUCAGGAUGCUUACUGA